AUGAUGAGCGCGGCAUCGUUCGCGAGCCCCAUCGGCGGUCGCCCACCUCAGUACCGUACUCCGUCCCCUCCGCUACGCGCCGUCGAACCCAUCACUCCAUCCACCGCCACGGAUAUUUCCUCAUCCUGGAUCGCUCGCGGACCCCCUCGAGCUACUAGUCUUGAUCACGACCAACGCCCGUCAAUUCACAAUCGACAUGUCGCCGAAAAUGGCUCACACCAACGAUCGGGGCAUGGCCGCUCAAAUUCAACCAUUGACACGCUUGCGACAAUCGCACUCGCAACCAGCCCUACAUUCGCACCACUCCCUCCAAACCCGUCCUCUCCGGGUCCUCGAUCUUCAAUCCCUCUCUUUCCCUAUGAUUCCGCAGAGAUUGAGCGUCCUGCCAAACGAGCCCGGUCGGUGAGAGAUCCGUCGCCCUACCGCACGCGGCCAGGAAUGCCCACAGAAAUUGCUCGACCUGCCGGGCUGGAAAGCAUGACGACUGAUGCGGAGCUCCUACUCAAUUUUGCACGGCCAACUAAUUUCUUACCCGGCAAUCACGCAAAAAGAGUCAGCAUCGACGAGUCCUUCAAUCACUAUGUGGACGACGUGAUGCGUCAAUCUCAAGUGGGACUCUCGGCUGGUGGACAUGCGGAUCACGGCGACGCAAAAUCAACCCACAACCCCGAUGACAUCCCUACCUCUCGUAUGCGCUCUCGCUCCGACGGGUCAGCCUUCCUAUCCCGUCCUGUGAUUCGAGGAGUCCGCCCAACGACUAGUGCUGGAACCCUGCCGCCUAUUGUGUGGGAGGAUGAAAACGAAAACACCGCCUGGUAUCCUUCAGUAGAUGCAACCAAUACUACAGCCCUCGAAGUUCAGCCCUCCGCCACUUCUUCGGAUCCACAUUUUCUACACCAAACAUCAAAUUUUCCGCCACAAACAGAAUCAGAGGAAAGCGACACCAACUUAGCAAGCUGCGCAGGAUGUCAUCUGGUGCGAAUCCCGGCCGACAGCGAGGAGCAAGAUGAAGAUACAUGGAUCAACUGCGACGGAUGCAACCGAUGGUUCCAUAUCCUCUGUGCCGGCUUCAAGACGGAUCGGGAGAUUCGCACAAUUGACAAGUACAUUUGCCGGCUAUGUCGAACGACGUACGGUCAAACUACCUUUGUGCGGAAGUCCUCCAGGGCGCGCACGGCUAUCGACUACGCUGGUCUCAACCAAGGUGUCGUCAAGGCUGCCAGUGAUUCGCUUGAGCACCACUAUCUAGAGCCUAUUCGCCAAGGCAAGAUUCGAUUUCAACCAGAAAAGUUCCCGCGAAUGAAACCAGAACUGGUCACCGCGGAAUAUUUCGAGCGUGGUAAUGGAUGGACCGAGCCCAUUGUCAUUCCUGCCUGCUGGAACACCAGCGAGCCAAUUCAUCAACGAGAAGAAAAUUCCGAGCUCGAAACUUUGGUCCAGGAAGCCCCCUCUCAAGAAAUGUUUGAUGAACUUCUUGAGCAUCUUCCGGAGCAUGAGCCUCAGGUCGAAGAUGCUGUUGACUGUGGCCAGGAUCUCCUGGGUAUGGUCAUCCCUCAAGGCCUUACGGUGCGUGCUGUGGCAGAGCUUUAUGGACUGGAAGAAAGGGUUGAGGUGAUCGAUGUGAAAUCCCAACAAGGAGAAGACAAGAGAUGGAACAUGCAAAAAUGGGCCGAUUAUUACGAGAGCACCGAACCGGAUAAGCCUGUCAGAAACGUCAUCAGUUUGGAAGUCUCGCAAAGCAAGCUGGGCAGACUCAUCCGCCGGCCAAAGGUUGUACGUGACCUGGAUUUACAAGAUGCCGUGUGGCCAGAAGAAUUAAAGGCCGUUGGUGACUACCCUAAGGUUCAAUUCUACUGUCUGAUGUCGGUUGCCGAUUGUUACACCGAUUUCCAUAUCGACUUCGGCGGGUCUUCGGUAUACUACCAUAUCCUGAAGGGCAAGAAGACCUUUUUCUUCAUUCCCCCCAAAGAUAAGCACCUCAAAAAGUACGAAGAGUGGUGCAACUCCCCCGCUCAGGAUUCAAUCUUCCUUGGUAAUCAGACAAAGGAGUGUUAUCGCGUUGAUCUUUCUGAGGGUGAUACCAUGCUUAUCCCGUCCGGCUGGAUUCAUGCAGUGUGGACCCCAAAGAACAGUCUUGUCAUCGGUGGUAACUUCCUUACCAAGUUGAACUACGGCAUGCAGAUCAAGGUGCUCAACAUUGAAAAGGAUACCAAGGUUCCGAAGAAGUUCAGAUACCCGUUUUUCCAGAAGAUCCAGUGGUAUACAGCCUUGAAGUAUCUGGAGGAUGACCCCGUCCCACAAAACGUCCUGGAAGCCUUCAUGCAGGAUGAUCACUAUCGCUUCCACCGCCAAUAUCCGAUCUAUUACGAAUUUGGAGAGCGUGUCAAUCAAGAGCCUCGAGGACAUCAUCUUCACAACGCACGUUUCUAUUCACAAGCUGAGCUAGAAGGCCUUCCAGAAUUGACAAGGUAUCUAUUGCGGACGGCACUCAUUGCUGGGGGAUACACCGUUGAUGGGAACAUCUCCAUCGAAACUCGAAACGCGGUCAGGCGUUCCAUCCCCAAAGGCACCGGUGAUCCCGUAGAUGUCAUCAGGAAAUUUGGAAUCUGGGUGGCUUGGAAGCGUGGUAACGAGAGGUCUCCCAUGUGGACUCGGCCAGGUGUCAUUGAAAGCAACCCCAAGGUGUCUCUUGUGGAAAAGAAGUCUGCGGGGCGGCCCAGUCGUCGAUCCGAACGUAACGCCGACAAUCAGCGUACCUACGCGGAAAGACAAGCAGUUCAUUGGCCCUCGGAAGAACCCCCCGCAACACCAAUUCCUCAGCACAGCAGCCUCGUUCAAGGACAGCCCGACGGAAAUGCGACUCCAGCACCUUUCAACCCCCUUCAAGACUCCGCUACCAAAGAAAUCACCACUCCCAAGCCUCGAGUUGUCCAACGAAGCUCAGGCCUUGGUCCAAAACGAGUGGCAUGUGACGCGUGUCGUAAACGACGUAUUCGAUGCCGACACAAGGAUGAACCUGGUGAUCUGGUGCUCAAUGGACAAGUGGCAGUCAAUGCUUUCACGCCUGGCUCAGGCGUAAGCACGCCCUCUUCUUUAGCCCAGGAUGCAGUUUCUGCGUUGAAUUCAUUGGCGGCGAUUGCAUCUCAAACAGGUUUCCCGAGCAAUGGUCAACUCAUGGAUCUUGACCGGUUUGAGAGCUCUGCGAGAUUCCAGUCAGCAGUCAUGGGCAACUCAACGGCAGCUGCCAAUCGUUUGAUUGAUUUAAGUCCGGAUGGUGCCAAUGGUGGGAAGAAAGGGCGCAGCAAGGCGUGUGAUGAUUGUCGGAAAAGCAAGCGUCGCUGCAUACAUGACGAAUAUGGCCGAAUAGAUCCGAUCAAAGCCCAGGAGCGCUCUAAACCCCGUGCAAAUGCCUCUGCAAAGCGGGCGCGUCCUGCUGACGAGGAGGGCUCUCCUGCCACGGCAAAGAAAACAAAGCAGGAGAGUACAUCGCCCAUGACGAAGCCAGCGGUUUUCUUCAAUCAUGGUGAUGGAGAUGAACAGAUGCCCCAGUCUGGGUUGAUGGAGCCUUUUGGUCACGAACCGAUCAUGAAUGUUGACUCCAGCAAGCAUCUGCCAGAAGAAGGCGAUGCACUUCAGAGUGAAGCUCUUUACGUCUCACCUCCUACAUUCCAGCCCGAGUCCAUGGAUGCGAAGGAUUUGGACGCCGUGCCUGUGUCUUCAUCUAAGCCAGACACAUCCCUGGUGUCACCGCCCACGUCGCUGGCCGACGAGAUGGAUGUGGUCCAAGAGGGCGAGGCUGUACAAUCCGUGGAAGGAGAAGUUUGGGCAGCUCUAAACACGCCCAACUCCAGUUCGCGGCACUCGUCUCGUCAGCCCCGGCACGUCGACCGAUUUGUACCUGAACCAAUUGUGACUCGGGCUCCAAAGCCGGCGGCACAUGCACCAUCUGCCAUUGGCGUGCGGAAGAGAACACCCCCACCACCAUCGACGAGAAAACCUUCAUCGCGACCCUCGUCUUCGCAUGCGAAAAAGAGCUCUCCAAUGUAUGAGAAGCACUUCCAUCGUCAUGCUCCCACGUCACUAUCCCCGCGUCAACACAAACAUACCCAGCAGUUGACGGGGGAGGAAGUCGGUGACGAGGAAAGCCUUCGUUUGAUACGAGAGAUCCAAGAACAAGAAUUUGGUUUACGGAAACGAUCGACACGCGUUUAA